GUAGCUCACCGGACUCCGUGUGGUCGGCGCGCGAACUGAAGUCGUCUGCUUCGUCCGCUACGUGGUCUUCGGCAGAGUGCGCUUCAAGCCCGCUCUCGGACACACCGGUGAAUUUUUCUCUUCCUUCCUCCCGUUUACGAAAAAUUCGUGUCUCGUGAGCUUCCCGCACUUCAAGCCUGCGCUAGAAAUUUUUUUUUUCGCAAAUUCAAUUUUUGCGUCAGGCUGAAAUUCACACAGUCCUAUGUACAUCGCUGGUUUUUUUUUUUCACUGUAGAACCUCCCUUCCCCUAUUUUUUUUUUGUGGGUCUACGUGAUUCGGUCACUCUCUGCUGCUGGCCGGCAGUUGAUGGUCUCACAGACGUGGAGGUGAGUGAUCCAAUCUUUAAAAAGAACCGCAAACGUACGAAUUAUUAAAAUCUACGUUGCGAUAAAAAUGAUCCGCGAAAUUUUUCUGGGUCUCUACUUCAAAUAUAUUCGUCAGACUUGGAAAAUAAUGUCGAUAAAAUAAUAUCCUCGUUACACUGUAAAAUAUAUUCUAACUUUUACAAGAUUAGUCCUUAAAAAAAACCGUUGCCAAAUAUAUCACUUAUAAAAUUGCAAGGCAAAUGUUGUACUAUAUCAAAUUUUACAAAGCUAUGCCUAGGGGCAUGCAGAUUUCGCGAAAAGAUUUCGAGACUAUCUGAAAGUUAAAACACUGUAGCAUCGUCUGUGUUUCGUUAUUGGGUGAGUUUCUCCCAGAUACAUAUCGAUUGUAACGACACCAAUCACAGUAAUUCGGUGUGGAAGUAAACGCGUCCUGAGUGGCCCGGUCAAAUUAGGCAACGAAUUAUCUCGCAGAAGGCCGCCAAUCGCGAGGAAUAAACCACAGGUUCGAGUAUACCUUGUUGCAGUCUAUUAAGCGUUCAUAUCUUUUGGCGAAAAACUACUGUCCCUUGUACGUUUUACAAGUGAUAUCAUUAGCGACUGGGUUUCCAAGGAUUUCCUUGUAAAAAUUACGAUUUUUUCACAGUGUGGCUACGGAAGAGUUACUUAAAAUUUAAUAAGCACUGUUUUUUUUUGUGUACGUGUAAUUGUACAUUUUUUAAAAAAAAGUAAUUCUUUAACUAAGAAGCUUACGAAACGCAAAUGAAAAAAAUAUUCACUAUACGUUCGCGGAUAACGCGGUGUCACAUUCCAGGGGCUCGUGCAACUCGUGCGGCUCGUGCAGGGAAAGGGAACGCUCGCCUCCACGAAGACAGCGAGAAGUGACAGUCGCGAAAUUGGAACUGCCUCUCUCUACCACCCCCUGCCCCCACCUUCUCUCACUCCCUUUCUCUCAUCACCACUUUUUCUUUUCAGCGUGGGUUUCACGUGUGCUGUUCGUUCGUGAAGCUCCCGUCGUGCGCGCGAUAGAGAGGAAAACGGAACGCCGCUUCCGCUGGUGACCGGUGCGCCGAGUGAGAGACCCUACGGUCAACGACACGCAUGAACGAAAAUAAAUAACACGAACAUAGACACUACGCGUCUUCUGGUUUUUCGUCUUCUGGUUUUUCAUCGACGACGAGGAAUGACGAACGAGUUCAGCUGAAGAAGAAAAAAAAAUAUUCGGAGCUACGUACUUGUGGCUUUCAGUCUUCGACAUCAUUGAAGCAUGGCUAGCGGCCAGCAGGACUCGCCGCCGCCCCGCCGCAAGGUGAGCAUCGCCGCCGACCCGGCAGCCGAGCUGCGGCGCCGAGACCACGAGGCGCACCGGCGCCUGAGCGUGGCCACGGAGCACGGAGGGGACGCCCGCCUCCGGCCCUGCCUCCACCCGCCCUCGCCGCCGCCGCUGGAGCUGGACCCGGGCAAGCUGGCCGUGCCGCGCGCGCACGAGGCCAUGAGCCACGCCGCAGAUUCUGAUGGGCGAAAGCGGUCCAUCCUGUGCAACAAAAGCCCGGACACUCUCAGCGUGUACAGCCAUCAUUCAGGCCUGCACUACCUGGAGAACGGCAAGCCGGCGAACGGGGACUACGGCCCGCCGAAGAAGUUCUCUCCGUCAGAGUCGUUCGCGGACAGACUGAAGAUCAGCGCCGCGGAGCAGAGCAAUGACAGGCCGUGGUGGUUCGCCAUGUGCAAGAAGUGCCGCCAGCCCGACACGGGGAUCCCGUCCUGGGAGCCGCCCUUGUGGCAGCACGUGUGCCCGCCGCCCUUCUGCCCCACGUACCGGCAGUUCGCGCGCGUGCUGGCCCUCUCGCUCGUCGGCCUGCUGUCCUGGGGCGUGGUGUUCGCCGUGCUGGGCCACACCGCGGCUCCCGGCGGACAGCUGUUCGGCCUGGCGGCGCUCUGCAUCGCCGCGCACUUCGGCGGCUGGAUCUUCUCGCUGCUCAACCUGCCCGCGCUCGUCGGCAUGCUGGUCGUCGGCAUCCUCUUCCAGAACGUCGGCUUCGUCGAGAUCGACGGCGAGCUCAAGGAGGUGGUGUCCGUGCUCAGGAGGAUAGCGCUGGUCAUCAUCCUGACUCGGGCCGGCCUCGACCUGGACCCGGCGGCGCUGCGCAAGCUGUGGGCCACCGUGCUGAAGAUCGGCCUGGUUCCCUGGGUGGUGGAGUGCCUGGUCGUCAGCGCCGUCUCCCACUUCCUGCUGGGCCUGCCCUGGAUGUGGGGUCUGCUGCUCGGGUCCAUCAUAGCGGCCGUGUCUCCGGCGGUGGUGGUGCCCAGCCUGUGCCGCCUGCGCAUGAAGGGCUACGGGGUCUCCAAGGGCAUCCCCACGCUCAUCAUCGCCGUGUCCGGCAUCGACGACGCCACGUCCGUCGCCGCCUUCGGCAUCAUCAGCAGCAUCAUGUUCACGUCAGAGUCACUGGUGUUCCAAAUUCUCCAAGGGCCAAUAUCCAUCCUUGGAGGCAUCGGAUUUGGAAUAAUUUGGGGUGUAAUGUCGAAAUACAUCCCAGAAAAGAAUGAUCCGUACGUGGUGCCGAUCAGGAUCCUGAUGCUGCUGGGAGGCGGGCUGAUCGCCGUCAUGGGCAGCGAGAUCAUCGGCCUGGGUGGAGCCGGACCUCUGGGCUGCGUGGCCGCCGCCUUCGUGUCCAUCUUCUGCUGGUCGCAGCAGGGCUGGGAGACGGAGGACAACCCUGUGGCGACGGCGUUCGAGAUCUUCUGGAUGAUCUUCGAGCCGAUCCUGUUCGCUCUGACGGGGACGCAGAUCAUCAUAUCAGAGCUGGAGCCGCACACUGUCUCGCUGUGCUUCGCUUGCCUCAUCAGCGGCAUCGUGAUAAGAAUGGCAGUGACUGUCAUUAUAGCCAUCGGGAGUAAACUCAACCUUAAGGAAAAAAUAUUCGUCGCAUUUUCUUGCAUGGCAAAAGCUAGCGUUCAGGCGGCGCUGGGCCCGGUGGCGCUCAACUCGGUGGUGGACGGCCCCGCCGACGAGCAGCAGCACGCAGCCAUCGUGCUCAUGAUGUGCGUGCUGUCCAUCCUGCUGACGGCGCCCACGGGGGCCAUCGUCAUCUCGCUGUCGGGCACGCGCCUGCUCAACAAGACCUCGGCGGCGCCGCCGCCCGUGGAGGGGUGGCGCCGCAGCGCGCGGCCCUCGCUCAGGGACAUCACCAUCAUCGACGAGGAGGAGGACAGUGAGAGCGGGAACAACCAUUAGCACCACCCCUACCGUCCGACUCCUCCCCGGUGACCGUCAGUCAGCCCAGGCGAUGAGGCGGUGGCAUCAAAAUUCACGGUUGUUACAAAAGAAACGCUACCAUCGUCGACAAAGGAGAAGAUAAGCGAGAGUGCGAACAAGUAAUUCUGCCGCUAUCUUCCAACUCACUGUUCAUCAUCAGUGUGCCCAGGCGAUGAGGCGGUGGCAUCAAAAUUCACGGUUGUUACAAAAGGAACGCUACCAUCGUCGACAAAGGAGAAGAUAAGCAAGAGCGCGAACAAGUAAUACUACCUCUAUCUCCCAACUCACUGGUCACCAUCAGUGUGCCCAGGCGAUGAGGCGGUGCCAUCAAAAUUCAUGGUUGUUACAAAAAGAACGCUACCAUCGUCGACAAAGGAGAAGAUAAGCGAGAGCGCGAACAAGUAAUACUACCUCUAUCUCCCAACUCACUGGUCACCAUCAGUGUGCCCAGGCGAUAAAAUGGAUGAAUGGUACAACAGGGGUAAAACCGUAAUCAACGAGGACAGCGAGAAAGAGAAUAACCAGUAACAUUACUUCUAUUUUCUGACUUUCCAGUCACCAUCAGUGUGUCCAGAAGAUAAAGCGAUGUCAUCAAAAUUGUUUAAUAUUUCAACAGGGGCACCACCAUAAUGACUAUCUGCGAUAGAUACAUCACCACCUUCCCUAGAGAGGGGGAUAGUGAAGAAAUGGUCAAUCAAAGACUACCAUUGACACCUGUCUUUCAGUAAAACUUGGCGUUCGCAUAUGACUAAGCUCGUAUCAUAAUGCAAUACCACCAAUUCGAUAUUUGUCUGUGAGGAUACUGAAGAAAUGGGCAACCAGUAAGAGUAGCAUUGACCAUUUUCCACACAAAACAAUUGCCCUGCACAUAUGAUUACUUUCCAGCAUCUCAAAGCGAGUUAAUUGCAACAGAGGCAUAAUAAUCAUCAUUAUCAUUAUCGGUGGUGAGGUGGAUAGUAAAUGAAAGCACAGCUAACCUGUAACACUAGUUAUAGCCCCAGUCUUACUAGUCACUAUUAGUGUGCACACAUGGCUUAGUUCUAUAAUAUGACUGAUAGUCCGGCAAAAGUGACAACAUGGCCUACAGUAAUGAGAGCAUUAUCUUCUGUUUCCCUGGUAACUAUUUACACAAGAAAGUGAUUAAGAGUUAGAAUAGCAUGUAUGCACAGGGAGACAGCGAGAACAAAAGCCAAUCACAACAAAUAGUAUUAUUCUCCAAUUCACCGGUAGAGAUAAGAUUGUGAAAGCGUUUACGUACUGGCUUUUGAGAGUUUCAGCAAUGAAAGUAAAAUUCCUUCUUUCGUCCAUCACCAUAAGCAUGCCAAUGUGAUGAAGCACUGGCAUCGCAAUACAUGGCCUUUAUCAACAUUGUUGUAAUAAGAAAAAAGCAGGUGCAGCCAGCAUUAACACAAGCCUUUUCCCGGAACUCACUAGACAAUUUUUUUUUCCAAAAGCAGGCGAUAAAGCCCUGGCAUUACAAAGUAUAACUGUUGUGACAAAAAAAUCACCACUAUCGAUAAGGAUGAUAAAAAAAUGCGGUUUACCCUUAAAAAAUAACCCUUACCCCUGUUUAACCAUUAGGCAUGUAUAUGCGCACGUGGCAAAGCAUUUGCACUGGAAUUAGAGGCUGUUGCAAAAAAAAAGGGCACCUCCGUCAUCGUUAAAGAGAAGAAUGAACGCGCGAACAAACACUAAAAUCUAUCUCAUUAUUCACUAUUUAUGUGCGCAGGAGAAGGGGUAAAAACAUUUCAAUGCAUUAUUUCGAAAGAGGAACAAUGCUGUAAUAGAUUAAGGGGAAAAAAGUGAAAAUAUGGCGAUAUGGUAAUGAUAGCCUGAUGCUCUGCAUCCCAAGUCACCACAGCAUGUCAAUGCAGUGAAUACUAAAAUCACUGAGGGUGAUCAUUGCUCAUGAGAAUCACUUCAUGGAUGCUAAGGUGGAUUAUCAUUGGCAAGAACAGUGGGUACACAAAUAACCAGUUACAUUCUCAGUACCUCGCCAGACACCUAGCGCUCAUGCCAAUGGAAGAAGAGAUGCUUGAUAGUUCAAUCAUACAGUCGCUUGUGUGCCAAAUUACGAGAAAACUUUGUUUUAUUCCUAAGAACUGUUAUUGAACACACACUCUGGACAUUUGCCGAACUGAAACGGAGAUACUGUCAUAAAACAGGAACAACAUAAUCUUAUAUUACGAAUUGGAGUAGUAGGGGUCUGGAAAUGGUAACCAGGGAACUUAUAAUAUACUAGUUGGUUAUAAAUUAUUAAAUUAAUAUUUCACGCAAUAGUGUCUACAGCAGCGUACAGCGUUAUUUAAAUUUUUUUAGAAUGCCAGCCAGUGUUUGUAUACAAAGAGACCAGCUCAAAAGAUUUGUGGGCAGAUAGGCUGACAUUUUCGUAGCUGAAAAUAAUUUAGACAAGUCUCCAGAGUUUUAAGGGUUUAAUAGAAAAAUAUUUUUGCUUUAUUGUACCAAAUAUAAUACUCUUAAGUUUACAACAACAAACUAUGGGGAAUUGUUUUUAGCUUACUCGGUAUUUUUUUUGUCAAUUGUGAUGCGCAGUAAGUUCUUACCCUACCUGUACCACAAAGUGCAUCUUGUAAGAGCCUACUUGUAAACAGUUGCUCGAUUAUUCCGCAGAAUAAAAAAUAUAUAGAUGAGAAGAUUUAUCCUGCAUGAAAACAUGGUAAAUAAAUCCCGGUGCAAGCUACCUGGGAUGGAACCUUGUAACUGAAAUGAGACUGAGCGGCUUCUGUGAUCAGUUCUGGUCAAAGAGGUUAAUUGUUUUAUUAUUGUGAUACGAAGAUAAUUUCUUAAACAUAGUUCAUCAUGGAUGACUCCUUGGCUUCUUAAAAAAUAUAUGACUUUUCAGUCAGCUUCAUCAUCAGCUACUAAAGUCUAGUAAUGUUUCUGCACGUAACGUUUAGUAAAGAUGAUUGUGAAAUAAAUGUAAACAAUAAUAUUUAUAAGUGCACACUAAUGAGUCAUGAAAAUAAACUAUUACUUAUAGAUGAAAGUUGUUAUUAAAAACAGUUGUAUCUACCUUUAAUUUUAAAUAGAAUUAUAUAAUAAUUGCUCAUGUAUAUUGACCCUAUUCUUGUGGAGAUAUUUUUAUUAGUAAAAAAAAAUUUGUGUACGAAAAAUGUUGCCCAGUUUUGUCCUGUUAAUAUAUUUCACAUGAUAAAUUCGUUACCAUGAUUU